AUGGGGGUUAAUAUUGAGUAUGGCAUUGACGACCUUUGCUGUAUUUACGGAUGUCGGUGCUUUCCUUCAGUAUCUUUUUUUUUCCCUUUUUGUCUUCGUUUUUCUUCGUCUGAUAACACUUUGUACUUUCUUUUUUUUAUUGUCCUCUUGGGGUUUUCUUUUCCAUUUUCUCGUUCUCUUACUUUCGUCUUGUGUUUAUUUUCCAGCGUUUUUCAAAACAUCUUCUCUUCCUUAAUCCCUCUUUUAAUCCCUCUUUGUUCUGAAAUACUUGCUUUUCUUUCUUUCUUUCUUUCUUUCUUUCUUUCUUUCUUUUUUCUCUGCUUUUUUCUUAUUCUUUCUCUUGUCUUUUUCUCUGUUUAUUCAUUCUUUUCUUUUUUUUUCUUUUAUGUAGUCUCUGUUCCAAUCACCUUUCUUUCUUUCUUUUUUCUCUUUACCCCAUCCUCCUUCUCUUUUCUUUCUUUUCUUCCUUGGCUCUUUCUUCUUUCCUUCGUUUUUAAGUUCCUCUUCUCUCAUUCUUCUUUUUCCUUUCAUUCUUUUUCUUUCUUUACUUCUUUUAAGCAUGACAACCUCUAUCUCUCUAAUCUAUCUCUGUUUGCUCAUAUCUAUCUAUCUAUCUAUCUAUCUAUCUAUCUAUCUAUCUAUCUAUCUAUCUAUCUAUCUAUACAAAACGAGAGAAAGUGA